ACAACCGCUCUAGCUUUGGUACGGUGAAGUUUGUUGUUGGGUUUGAGUCAGUGAAGCCGCUUUUGUCGACCGAAAUGGAACCACUGCCAGCUUCCUUUUACGGGAACAUGUGUAAAAGAAACCCAGUAAUAUCAGCGUUUGAUGGAGACAUAAAAACGUUUAUGUCAUUUAUGAAACGAAUUAGUACUUUGCCAACCUACGACCACAACUCCUACGCAAGAGGUGCCAAAACUCUGUUUGAAAUAUGGAACAAGUACAAACCUCGACUACCAACCAACUACUAUGAAGAACACAUGCUGCAAAUGGCAGAUUUUCUUUUUGGCAUCAAGUUAUACAGGCUGGGUCUAUGGCAGGGCUACUGUCGCUACUUGCAGCAGUUCAGCACUGUGACCAUAGAGGACAUUAGGGAUGUUGACCACUUCAAGACCUCCUUCUUCCCCAAGGGGUUCGACACAGACCAAGCCAAGCUGACGUUCCGGGCUCUGCAGGGCUGCUGCCUAUGUGCCUUCCAGCUGGAGAGGGAAAGAGGGAGCCAGCCCACCCAGAAGGGGGUCCAGAGACUCCUCAGCAUCCUGGGGUUUGUCAGGAUCAUGAUGCAGGCCGUGCUUCCCCACGAACAUCUCUGCUGGCUUCUUUACAAUGGUUCACUCUAUAUCUACAACAUCUGUAGAUACCUGAUGUCCAUGAGCCGCGCUGCACAGGCUAUGGAGUUCCUUCUGUGGGCCUGUAUCUGUCUGGAGACCUCCAUCCCCCUGAUGACUGCCAGGUUCCUGGCCUGGAGGGCAACUCUGUACUGUGCUGUGUGCCAGUGUUACUAUGACAGCCAAGCCAAUGUGCAGGCAGAGGUGUUUGCACGACGAGCCCUGGGUAAAGUCAGUGAGCUGGGCAAGCUGGAAGAGAUGAGUGGUCUACCUGCCACCACUGAGACUCAGAGAGCAUACAAAGUGGCCACCAUUAAGCUAGCUACCAUGGUGUUUAAACGGUCGGUGUAUGAACCCAGGAGGAAACCUAAAGGCCUCUUCAGACACAAGCAGAAGAGUAACCUCAAGGAGAUUCAGAGCAUGCCGUGGCCUCGAACCCCUACAGAGCGAGUGUUGAUGGAGCUGUUUGAGGGGAACGCUGCCCAGUUCCUGGCGAUAGUGGAAGCGCUGUGGGACACCUCCCGUCGCCCACUUCAGACAGGCAUGCCCGAGGAGCCAGAGAUACAGGAGGUCUCCCUGGAACUCAUGUCUGCAGGCAUCAGUAUACUGUCUGGAAUUGGAGGGUCCACUGAGCGAGCCAGGGAUGACAGUAUCCCCACCUGUUUAAAUGCAGUGACAGCCAACUUUACUCUGAUGGACAUGGCGGCUGCUGGGGAGAACAAGGUGUCUUUGGAUGCAGCGGUGAAGUUUGUCAAGCUGCUGUUUCGAUAUGAGCAGUGGGACAUGUUCUGUAUCCUCUCUGACACACUGCAGCACACCAUACUGCCUAGAAUGGAGGGGAGGUCUUUCAGGAAGUCAGAGCUGGAGCUGAGGUUGCUGGACUCCAUGGAGCGCCUCAUGUCUACACAGAAGAUCAGACUCAACACCAAGGACGACACUGUGUCUGAGAAGGACAGGCAUCUGGGAGUGGUUAUGAGUGAGGAGUUUGUUGGUCUGGUGCAGGCCUUAUACAGCUGUGUCUGUGGUUCAGCUCAGGACGUGCAACCUGACAGAGACCUGGUGAUGGACAUAGUGCUGUACCUCUGGUCUAAAUGUAAGAUCAUUUUCCAGAGAGCCCAGGUUCGACACUGGGACCCGAUACACUUCCUGGGCAAGAUGGAGAACCUGGACAAGUGGGUGUGGACCCUGUCUGUGCUCAGUGAGGUGGCUCAUGUGUGUGAGCUGGCUGACUCAGAUCCCAUGGUGAUAGCUGAGAUGACCAUCAGGCUGGCCAUGGUGCUGGAGAGCACUGCUGACUCCACUGUCCAUUCAGGCAGGAAGACAGCCUCAAGCGAAGACGACAGCUUGGAAUCGACACCCACAGAGAAAAACACAGAGACUUUUUCAAUGUUCAAGAAGUCGACAGCGGAGCAGCUGCAGUCAGUGUGGAACGUGGUAGAGAGAGGUCUGGAAGGAGUGAUCAGAGGCUGGACCAGACUACUGCCCUGUGAUGGAUCAGCCAUCUCUGACAUGGUCUUCAUGCAGAAGUUUGCUGGGCCGGCCAUGCAUUCCCCUGCAGAAGGAGGAGAGGGAGAGAGGGUGAAGAGUCCCUCCCUGUCUCUCUCUCUCUCUCUGGUCCCCAUGGACCUGCAUCUGGAACUGCUGUCUGUCCAGCACAGAGUCUCCCUCAAGCUGCUCAACACCUGCCCAGCUGAGCUGCAGCAGCAUGCUGGUGACAGUAGGAGAUCUAUGAGGCCCCCUGGUGGUGUGGACAUACCUGAGACCAUGGCUAACAGAGCCAGAGGAGAGUCGGUGCUUCUGGAGCGGAUCGGAAAGAAUACGGUCUCCAUAGCUCUGUUCCUGGUCCAGAAGGCUCUGCUGUCCCACAGGAAGGAUCAGAACAGCAGCGCCACCAAGAGACUGCUAGAGGAGGCUGUUGUCUUGAUAGAGAAGGCAGAGGUGGAGGAGAGGAAGCUGUUCAGCUCCUCUGGUCCGUCAGAGAGGAAGGAAAGAGGAGGAGAGGAGGAGCGAAACGCUAGACCUCCUCCUUCCCCUAUCCUCCUGUCCCGUACCUACCACUCCAUGACCUUCACUCCUGCACCCUACGCCCUGGAGGAACAGGUGUGCUGGUACCAUAUCUAUGCACGUGAGGCUGAGGGAAUCAACCUGAAAGUCAGACUAGGAGACAGCAACCUGGUGGGCACUGGAGACGAGGUUCCUGCAUCAGGGGAGCGACUGCUACGAGUGGACUGCUUGGAGCCGAACCAGAAGUAUGUGUUUGCUGUAGCAGCCUACAACGCCGGGGGUAAACUGGUGGGCAAUGCCAUUGGAGAGACAACCAGGCCUCUGCUAGCCUCCUUGCCUCUGCCACUGCUCACCACCUGGGCACACCUGGCACAGGCAGCGUACCAGACAGGGCAACACGCUCUAGCCAAGAGAGCCUGCAGUGAACUGUGGAGCCACUUCAACCAGCCUAAAGGUCUUCAAGAGCCAGGGGCCACUUUAGAGGGGCUAGCUCAGACCAAGCUGCGUUUGGAGACUCUGCAGCGCUCCUCUCCUCUCCUCCUCCACCUCUUCCUCUCCUCCAUCCUGAUGCAGACAGAGAUCCACAUCCAGGAGGGUGCGCUGUUCUGUGACACCCUCAGUGACGGGGGACCACUCAUUUGGGGACAGGAGGCCAGGUUGGCAGAGUGUGAGCGGAUGCUGGUGGCCAUAGACCUGGCUCUCUGGCUGAAUGACAGCAGCGCUGCCCUGCAGGCUGUGGUGGGGUGUUAUGGCCUGCUGGCCCCGCUCAUGUUUCACCAGAUCCCAGCAGAGCCUGUUGUACAGGUGCUGAUGAAGUGCCUGGCGGUGCUGACAGAGAUCUCAGGAGUUGUCAAACAAAAACGCUCAGCCACCACCUCAGAGUCUCUCCUGCACAUGAUAGCCUGUAUAACAUAUUAUGUUGCCAAGGCCCUUCGCACCCUGGAGAAGCACCGUUUGGCAGCAACAGUGAUCGAACAGGGAAAGAAAGUCCUCCGUGAUAUCCUGGAGACCGUGCAGGGACCCAGUAAGCCCCUUCCAGUGGAGCCAGACGGGUUGAUGAAGAAGGCAGGCAGCAUCCAGGGAGAGGAGGAGCAGAAUGAACAGAUGAAGGCUCUGGAGGGCAGUGCCAUGAAGAACAAGAGGACUGGAACCUUCAUGCAGCAUGACAGCUCAGCCUGGAGCAGGGCGGUGGCCCAUGCUCAUGAACUGACUGGACAGGAGGACCCCAUUCUGCUCUAUCCCAUCGUCACCAACAGCCCUCUGAAGGCUGCUUUCAAAGAUUUGAUGAAGUUCAAGCGCAAGGCGUGCUUCAUGGAGUUUGCUGUGCUGCUGCUCCAGAGGACCAUGCAGGCAGACCAUCUAGAGCUGGUCCUGCAGUGGGGACACGACAUAUUUGGCUGGCUUAGCAGGAGGGAUGAGGGACUGACAGGGCCUAAGAAGGGCCCAGGGGACAGAUCAACCUCAGGGAAAGAACUGAAGAAGUACUCCUCCUCCAUCAUGGAGUACAAGAAGAAUAAAGCUAGUACAUUCUGGAGUGACAAGAAGAGGAAAGAGCUUCUCCAGAAGAAACAACUGACUGCUCUGAAAGCACAGAACACAGAGAGGGAGUGUAAGGCGGUGGACACCAUGCUGAACCAGCUAGCCCCCCUGGUGCGCCGUCACCAGCGUCGGAGGCGUCUGAGACAGGUGUGUUCUGAGGAGUGGUUGUGGAGGUGUCACCUCAACCUUAGCAUCGCCAGGGCUCACCUGGGACUACUGAGAAGGAGCCUGGAGAACCACCAGGGCCUUGGGGCCCUACAACACAGCUACAGCCAGCUGCCUCCGUCAUUGUUCUCCCUGGCCCACUCUGGUACUCUGGUGAGGUGGAGGAACAUGCAUCAGCACAUCGGAGUCCCUGACCUGAUCCCCCCGCCCCCCAAAGCCACGCCCCAGCCCUGCCUCAGAGCCAUCCUCCACAAGGCCAAGGAGAGCGGACAGGCUGCCACCACCACCAGUGGAGAGGACUUCAGCACGACAGAGAGCAGUGAGCAGGACAGUGAGCAGGACUCUCCCCGUACCCAGCCGGCUGUGGACUCGGACUAUAGUGAGCCCUCAGUGAUGACCACCUCCCCGACCAGACGCACUUCCACUCAGCUGCUGGAGUCACUCAACAAGGCUGCCCUGCACCUCCGCAGAGCCAUGGGUGUGUGUGUGUGUGUGUGUAAACAGGUACUUGCCCAUCGUGGGGGCCACUGGACAACGUUGCAGUGUGUGUGUCGGACACUAUGGGACCAGGGCUGUACCAUCACUCUACUAGUAGACAGGGGUACAUCCAUGGAGCCCCCCAUCCCUUUAACAUUGGACCAGCUCAACACUGUCCUCACCCCUUUGUUUGAGCUGGCUACAGACCUCGUCAUGAACAUGAUGGAGACGAUGCAGCUCUGGCAGUUGUUUGAAUUGGAGGAUGAGGAGAUGGAGGCCAGCAUGCACUUCUCCGCCCCUCUGGAUGACGGUACCCUGGUGGACCUGAGAUGGAUCAGGAGCCUCACCCUUCACACCCUUGAGCUGCUCUACCUCGAGGCUCGCUGGGAGACUCUGGCUCACCUCGCCCUGCUCUUCAACUCACACACACGAGAGCGCUACACCCACAUGAUCACUCCUAUCCUGGUCCACGCUCAGAGGAGACUGCUAGAGAGGAUCAGCUACUUCGGAGGACCUCCGGUCCCUCAGCCACACUUCAUCAAAACACAGAACGUCACUGGAGAGAAGAUCACCUGUAAGAACUAUGCAGGGAGACAGCUGCUGAAUUGCUGGACUCCCCCUGCUGUGCCUGCCCCCAGACGAGGGUGCAACACUCCCACCAACCCAAACGCUGAGCUCCUCGAACGCUCUGAGGUGCGCCGGGCCAUGUGUGUGGUGUGUGUUCCUCUGGAUGUGGAGGAUACACUGUGUUGUUUCAGGGAGGCCCUGGAGAAGGGCCAUCACACUCUGCAGAACUUCCAACACAGCCGCACACUGCUACUACUGCUGCUGGCACACACACAACCCUUGUUUGAGGUUCCAUUCUGUAAGGAGAACAGUAGCAAGGCUCAGGGUCAUGGCAGGGUGGACUUUAACGUGACAGUGUGCACUGCCCCGGCCAUCGGCCCUCCAGACCUGGCCACUGAGGACUACAGGACCCUGAGUUCUAUCUACGGCUGCCCUCUGCCCCCCAACCAGAUACACACCGUCAUCAACUCCUAUAGCAACUCCAUACAGUACCUUCAGGCCAACAACCAUGACUCUCUCAGGGUACAGGCGCUACAUGACCUGGGAAACCUGCACUAUUAUAAUGGAAACAGAAGGGCAGCUCAUUCCUACUGGAGCAAGGCAGUGGACUGUGCCCUGCAGAGCUCUGGGGUGCUAGACUCAUGGGACGGGGUGUCAUGGGGUACAAGUUCCCUCCAACACCAACCCACCCUGAAGCAGGCUGGAGUCUGGGGCUGUCUGCAGGGAGCUUUACUGACCGCUAAGAUCGCACAGUAUGCCUUGACCUCUAAUAUCAGUCAGCGCACAAAAUGCUGCCUCCUAUCUGCCCAGCUUUUCAAGUGUCUCCUGCGGGCCUCCCUGCCCCACCCUCAGAGUGACCUGCAGUACUCAUCCUAUACUGUAGGAGAGGAGCUGGUUCCUGGUCUGGACCUGUUCUCUGAACCUGACCGAGGACACCUGGGAACCACUGUGUCCAGCCUGGCCUUCCUCUGCCACUGGCUCUACACCUCAGGACACCAUCUCACAGCCCUGCCUAUGCUUGCUCUCUACCUGCAUUUUGUGGGGACUGUGUGCCGAGACCCACACCUCACCAUUAAAGGAAGGAUACUGAAGGUGAAGGUGCUGACAGAGCUGGGGCAGUACUGUCAGGCCAUGAAGGAGACAUCCCAGAUGACUCAGGGAGAGGAGAUCCCACUGCCCCACGGAUGUUACAGCGGCAUAGAGAAACAUGCGACAAUCAGAAAGUUCUUCACCAACAAGUCUCUCAUGGACUCUGCAAACAUACAGGCCCUGGAGGACUUAGUGAACCGUCGUCUGGGCACAGAGGCCAGUGUUCUGUAUGGCUCCAGACUGAGCAGGCGUCUCACCUUGGCCAGAGUACAGCUCAUACUGGCCCUCAGCUCCACCAUACACUCCCUGCCUGAACCUCAAGAUAUCUCAGAUGGGGCGGUGCGUUGCAGUGUUGUGAGGAGGACAUCCAGUACCCCAGGUAUCCCUAACUCUCCCCCAGGAGAGAGGGAUAGUGACAGUGACAAAUCACACAGUGGCUCCCCUACCAGGAAGACCAGGGAGCCCAAAGGACUGCACAUUGACCCCCAGAAAGACAAGCUCACCCUCAGCAAAUUCAAGGCGUUACUGCUAAGAGAGGUGUGUCGUCUCCUCAGCCCCCAGCUGCAGCUCUGUCUUUCCUCUCAGCUCCACUCUGACCCUGAGGAACUGGAGCUGGCUAUAGACACCUACCUGCUACUGUCUAACCUCUACCUGCAGCAAGGCAAAACCGCUUACAGUGCUGACAUGGCAGUGUCUGCUAUGAGUCUGCUCCAGAACUCUCCCAUCACUCUGAGGGGAAGCCCCUCCCCUGUCCACAGACCCCUCUCCUCCUCCCUCAGAAGACAGUCCAGACCUAAGAGUGAACAGGGCGGUAUGAGGGAGGCUGAGCACCAUGCCCCCAGUCCACAGCCAGGUGACUGUCCCCAGGUAGUAGAGGCCAGAGAGAGGAUGGAACGGGCUCUGUGGCUCCGCUGUAGACUGGCUGUGGUACGCAGUCUGGUCGCACACAUCCCUGGCACUGCCAUCUACCCAGGUAUUGACAGCAGUGUGGAGGCCACCAAGCUGUUGAAGGAGGGUCUACAGGAGGCUGAGGUGUGGGGAGACCCAGACACCAGAGCCCUGUUUCUCCUCCAAGGGGCUAGAUUGGACACACACAGAGGACUGCCCCGCGAGAACAGCACCUCACUGCUACAGGAGGCAGUGAGUCUUCUGUCGGGUCACUCCUGUCUGCCUCCUGGCUCCAGUGUAACGUUGGCCCAGGCCACUCUACUGCUCAGUGAUCUGAGAGGGACAGGCAGCCAGGCCCUACACCUGCUCACACAGAAACUACUACAGCAACAGCUGUGUGUGUUGGGGGAGAGUGUGUCAUUGGGAGAGAGAGGCAGAGUAAUCCUCCCUCCAGCCCCUGGUCUCUCUAACAUCUACCUCCCACAUCUCCCACUACUGGCCAAGGCCACAAUGCGCCUGGGUCACUGCUUGGCUGUACAGGCCAUGACCAGCGCCCCUUCCUCUAGCCUGUCUACCUCCAGCCAUCCCUGGGUGUGUGCUCAGGAGGUGCUGCAGUCAGCCCUGCUCGUUUCCCAGGCAUGCGCUACCAGAGACAGACAGCUGGAGGCUGAUAUCCUCUACUGCAAGGGGAUGGUGGAGCGCUGUCUGAUGUCUCUCGGUGACUUCCAGCCUCAGACAGUUGCGCUGACACUACUGGAGAGCAUCAAUAUCUCUCUGUCCCAGAGUCACAAUCUACAGCUGAUCCGUAAGUGUUAUCUGGAGAUGGCGUUAGUGUACUUGCACCAGUGGGAGCAGAGCAUCCCAGCACCUCAGGACCAGCAGAACCCCGUCCCACCUUCACCACCUAAAAAUGCCAUACUGAAGCCUCCAGGUUGGAAGCGUGUCAGGACAACUCUGAACAGAGGCCUGACUCCAGGGGAAGCCUACUUAUUGCUCUACUGGGUCUCUGUCCGAGCUGCUACUAAGGCGUCUGAAGCCAUGUCCACAUGUAGCCAGCUGUGUGGUAGUACCGGAGCUAAAGGAGGACACCUGCCUCUCAUCUCCCUCAAGCUCCUGCCUGACUUUGCCUCCAACGACCUGCUCAACCCCUGUGGAGGGAUAGAUGUGAUGGUGAGGACUGUCUCCAGCUCGUCUCCAGAGCUUGAUCCAGGGCUGAGCAGCAGGAAACGCUCCCAGCUCACAUGGGUCCACCUGUCCCGCUACUACAAACACCUGUUCAACCUGCAGCACAUCGCCAUGCGCCCAGUGGUGCCCCAGUGUGUGGAGGGCCUGGUGUCCCAGUCAGAAGACAGUAGUCUGGCGCUGAGGUUGGUUCAGCUCCAGACCUUCUUCUGUUCCCACAUGGUGGGCUACAGAGAGACCUGCUGUGCCCCUGAACCCCCCACUGAAAUCAUCAUGCAGCCACAGAUUAUACAGAUGUGUCCUACAGUGAGAGGCACUAUGGGAGCUCAGAUGUACCCCUGGUCCUUUGCUGACAGGAAGCAGCUGUGUAUCCAGUGGCACCGGCCUGCUCUCAGCCCCACCCAAGAAGACACGGAUACGGUCAUGCUGCUGUUUGGGCUGAACAAAGUGCCACUCUCGGCCAUGAGGGCCACAGCCUGCACUGUCAUAGAGCUGCAGUGUGGACAGAAACUCGUCAGCAUGGCGAAACUGUGUGCAGUCCAUGCUCAGCUGGCCUCAGCCUGUGUUGGGGGUAACGUCUCCUCUCCGCCUGCUGCCAGUAGCGCCCCCUCCUCCCCCAGCCCCAAGUUGGAGAGACAACGCCGCACCAAGAUCCCAGACAAGGCUGCUACCUCCAGCCCUCACAUACAGAUGCUACAGGAGCAGACCAGGUGCUGCUGUGCUGCUAUAAAGGACUUACUGCAGCCUGCUUCAGAGGCAGCUGUUCUCACUGAGGUUCCGUUUGAGGCCAGCCUACAUAGUCUGUGUGAUCUGGAGCGCUGCUUCAACCCAGCCAGUGGAGCCAUUGUGGAGGGAAACGCACUGAUAACAUGGCUCAUCUCCCUGCUCGUCUGAUACCCUAUCCAGUCUAUGGACCGGCACAGCACCAUAGAAAAAGACAAACCCAAUGACAGGAAUCAAAUGGCCAAGACCAAAGAUAGCAUAUUGCACCUACCUAGCAAAGUGACUUCACCAGAUUCUUUCACUCUGAAAUAAAUGAGCAUAGAUAAAGAUGAUUUUUGCAAAAACUAAAUUCAAGCACUUUUCAUUUCUUAUUCUCAAUGUAUAUGAUUUAAGCUCACAAAUCAAAUGUAUAUGAAAGGCUCAUGUGUUGUCAUAAAAUACAAAUCGGACCUCUUAGAACAGCAGUGGUAAUGUUUCCUAUGACUCCGGUUUCCCCAACUGGCGGGCUGAAUUUGGCUCGCAGAUGGUUUUAUUUAGCCCCGCAAGUUUUCUGAGCAAAACAAAAAGCUUCUUUUUUUUUUAUUUUAUUUUUUUUAAAUACAUGUUUUAGAUUGGUGGACAUAAAAGGCUGUAAAAACACCAGAAAUCAGUUCCAAGUGAUUUUUAACUGUUCAAAUCUGUUCAAGUAUUCUCAUAUGUAAUAGAUCGUAAGCUAGGUUUGAAAUUAUGUUUUAGUCAAGCAUAUCUGUUUGGGCUUCUUGCAAUCUACAAAUGAUUUGUAAUUAUGUUCCGGCCCCCCGACCAUCGUCUCAAGAAAAUAAAUCUGCUUGUUGCUCAAUAUAGUUGAUUAUCCCUGCUAGAACUCCUCUGAUUAAAGGUCCCAAAUGAAAA